AUGUCGUCUUCCCAAAAUCCUCACAACGAACCUCAAGAGUACGACAUGGCAGACCUUCCAAAGCACAAUGGGCCUCGCCCCGCCCCCAAUAACAAGGACAGUUCGAAUUCUGAGCUACCGGAUUUGAAGCAAGAGGAAAAUCGAACACCACCCCUUGGACGAGUAGCAGGAGGUUCUUUCUUAGAGUCGAUGCGUGGUAGCGAUAGCGAUAAUGUUGAAGACGGUCCUCUGAAAGAGGUCAAUAUCGAUAUGCCAGAAACUCGCACUGAACUUAUCACCAAAGAUGGCGGGGAAUAUAUUCUCCUUCAUUUCGCCAAUGGAGAUCCAGAGAAUCCAUUCAACUGGCCCACAGGAAAGAAAGUAUUCAUCACAGUUUUGCUGUGUAUGAUGACACUUUUCAUCGGUUUGGCAACAACUGCAUAUAGUAGUGGAAUUACAUCAAUGUGCGAUGACUUUGGUGUUUCGGCCGAAUUAGGACAAUUAGGACUCUUCUGCUUCAACAUGGCUUGUGCACUCGCACCAUUGUUCCUGGCACCUUUCUGCGAAUUGGUUGGCAGAAAGAUCAUUUAUACUGGCGCUUAUGCAGGCUUCAUCAUCAUCUUUAUCGGAUUGGCUCUUGGCAAAAACAUUGCAACAAUUCUUGUCAUGAGAACAUUGAGCGGAUUAUUCGGUUGUGUAGGCACCAUUCUCGUGGGUGGAACCUUCAGUGAUAUGUAUACACCAGAUUCAAGAGCUGUUCCAAUGGCAUGCUUCGCUUAUGUAGCUAUCUUGGGAACGGUUGGCGCGCCAAUUUAUGCCGGAUUCAUCGAUGAAACAAUCGGCUGGAGAUGGAUCGAGGGAAUUCAAGGAUUGGCAAACUUACCACUUCUCGCUGCAAUCCUUCUUUUCUUUCGCGAAACUAGAGGCGGUGUCGCAUUGCACAAGCGAGCCAAAGCUCUCCGAGCUGCAACAGGCGAUGAAAGAUACAAGGCUGAAAUGGACCUCGAGGCAAAAGACUUGAAGGAGAUGCUUCACAAUUCUUCUGUCAAGGCUGUCAAAAUGCUCGCCACAGAGCCUGUCGUUUUCGCUUUCGGUUUAUGGAUCGCUUUCGCCUGGUUCGUCACCUUCUUGUUCUUGUCGGUCAUCCCAAUUACCUUUCAAGAACACCACGGCUGGAAUGAAGGUGUAGCUGGUCUGCCAUACAUUUCCUUGUGUAUUGGUGUGACUAUCGCUUUUGGAUUGAACUUCUUCCAGAUCAAGAAGUACAAAUCAAUCAUGGCGGCUCAUGACCAACACAUUGUUCCGGAAUCUAGACUGUACGGUGCAAUGUGUGGUGCUUGUUUCCUCCCAAUCGGAUUGUUCAUCUACAGCUUCACCCAGUAUGGCUUCAUUACAUGGGUUGCACCAGCCAUUGCACUUGCACCAAUCUCCAUGGGAAUUUUCUUCAUUUUCGAAUCCACUUACAGUUACACUUCGGAUUGUUAUGGCGAAAAUAGUUCCUCCGCUAUUGCUGGACAGGGUUUGAUGCGUAACGCCUUGGGAGCAGUCGCACCUUUGUUUGCAAGCCAGUUCUUCCAUAAUGUCGGUAGCCAAUAUGCCGGUUUGAUCCUCGCAAUCGCUGGUACUGCCUUGACCUUAAUUCCCUUCAUCAUGUUUAAGUAUGGACAUCUUUUACGAGCUCGAUCCAAGCUUGCUAGUACGCAGAAGGGCGAUGAAGAACAAAAGAAGAAGACUGGUCUAUACACAGCUCCUUUCGUAUGA